UUUGCUUUGUUCAAGAGAAUGAAUCAUUCAAACCAGUUCUGCAGCCUUUUUCCGGUCCAGAGUGCGUGCCAUGAGGCUGAGGCAGGUGUCUCCACCUCCUGCAGACUGGUGUAUAAAGAUGCUGCAGGUGGAUGUGAGCAGCAUCUUCUCCACCGAGUUGAUUUUGGAGCAACAGCAUGACUUCCAUGGCGCUGCUCCCGCUUCGGCUGCUCCUGCUGCUCCCGCUGGUGUCCGCCUCUCAUCACUUCGGGGGAACAGUGAGCUUCACCUACAAAGGAACAAAUCCUGAUGGAUCCUUCAAGGUUGCCUUUCGCAACAGAGCCACCUAUGACGGCUGUCAGUACAGCCACUACUGGUCCUGCUCCAGUGGGUACUGUGGCUAUGUCAGCAAAUCACAGAGAACUGUAAUCGACAGCAGCAGCAAUGCUCAAACCUACAACAGUCAGUGGUGUGAAACGGAAACCGUUGAAACAAGAAACGUCCAAAGUGACAGACCAUUUGAAUUGAGUGCUUACAGCUGUUGCUGGGUUUAUUCACGUAACAGCAUCUACGACUGGAGACUGAGUACUCUGGUGGAUCUGGGAAGACGAGCAGACACGGGGAAACCAAACAGUUCACCAGACAUUGCCAUUCUUCCCUUCAUGAGAGUUCCUGAAAACUGUCCGCGGUCAUACAAGCUGGCGUCCUUCGAUCCAGAUGGUGACAGGGUCCGCUGUAGGUAUGGAAACUACAAUGACAGAGAGUGCUACAGAUGUGAUCAGCCAUCAGGAUUUCACCUAGAUGAGGAUACCUGCACGUUGCACUACCAGCAUGCCAGUGCUAACCCCACAGUCUUUGGCUUUGAGUUGGUGGUAGAAGAUUUUUCCCGACAGCAUAUUGACCUGUUUUACUCAGAUGGCUCAAAGUCCCACAAGCAUCCACUGCUGGUCAGAAGGAAGAGACAAGCAAACUACCAAUGGGGGAGUUACACAACCCAAGAGCAGACAACUACCUCAGCAGUUUCCACAGGGCAGCCGUGGUGGUGGUGGUGGCAUCAGGUUUCUGCUUCAACAACCGCACGUAAUGUCCAAGCCUCCACCAGAGCAAGACCAGCAACCACAGCAUACACAACCACAACUACUACAACACAACUGCCAUCCACAACAUCACCACCAAGCUACUGGUGGUGGAUGUGGCCAACAACAGCCACACCACCACCAACACCUGCAGCGACAAUAUCACCAACACCACCAACAACCACAACAUACACGACCACUACAAGACCAACAAUCACAACAAGACCAACACCAGCAUGGUGGUGGAUGUGGCUGACUACAACUACAACAAGACCAACAACAACAGCACAAACUACAGCAAGCACUACAAGACAGAGCACAACCACCACAGGAGCUCCUCCUUACAUCAACACUCCACCUCUCAGUAAAUUGCCGCUCCAGUUUUCUUUCCUCGUGGAUCCAGCCGUCCCUUCCUGUGAAGAGGGACUCUACCUACCGAAGUUUGUGCAUCCGACCCCUGCAGAUGGACAACGCAUUAAGGCAGAGGUCAACAAAGAGGUGGAGAUCAAAGUCAAAGCAGAAGCAGCGUAUUCAGUAAUGCAAGACCUCAUCAUGAGUGGGCCUACAAACAUUACCAUGCACAGGAGCACACACAAUGAGUUUGUCAUUCGCUGGACACCCAUUCCAGAUGACCUGGGAGAGCAUUACCCAAUCUGCUUUGCUGUGGAAUCAGCAACUGGGUCAGCAAUAAGGAGCUCUCAAACUGUUACCAGUAAUCACGCUCAUGUUCAUGGUACACCAGUCUCACAGUCUGGUGUCUAUCAGACUGAGAUGAGGUGUGUUCUCGUGGACAUUGGAAAAGAGCAAAUCAAAGCCAACGUGGUCUGUGGUGAAUCCUCAAUGAGGGUGGAGGUGGACAAAGAUUCCCUCGGUGGACUCUCUGAAGAUCAUCUGGAGCUGAGUGACCCCGCCAACACCGUCUGCAGCCUCACCACUCACUCCAACAGCUCCCACAUCAUCGCUGACUUCCCCCUCAACGCCUGUGGUACUCAGAUCGAGGAGGACGAUGACAACCUCAUCUUCAAGAAUGAAAUCACCACAGUGGACGACCCCAGCCAGCUAAUCACCAGGAAGCACCUGACGGAGAUCAGCUUCUACUGCCAGUACGCCAAGAAAAGCAACAUGACUGUGGGUUUCACAGCUCACAGGAAGAACGUCACCGUGUGGGAGAGAGGCUUCGGCACCUUCACCUACCAGUUUGAGUUCUACCCAGAUAGCCAGUUCCAAACCAUGAUUGAUCCAAACUCCUACCCUCUGGAGUAUGACUUAGGAAGCAAGAUCUACAUGGAGAUUGAUGCCUCCUCUUCAGUCAACAACACUGUGAUGUUUGUGGAGUUCUGCAGCGCUUCACCCUACGACAACCCCAACUACCACCCCACGUACACAAUCAUUGACAAUGGGUGCACAGUGGAUCCAACUGUUCAGAUCUACCCCUCCUCCAACCAGAAUCAGUUCCGGUUCAGCAUGGAGGCCUUCAAGUUCAUUGGUUUGCAUGAUCAGGUGUACAUCAGCUGCUCCGUGAUGAUGUGUGAAGCAGGGAACCCCAACACCAGGUGCUCACAGGGAUGCAUGAACUCCUCAAGUUCAGACUCUCAUCAUCACAUCCACAAGAGAGAGGCCGCCAUGCAGAGCAAAGCACACUUCAUUUCCCAGGGUCCUUUGCGCCUGCACUCAGAUAACAACAGUCCCUCACUGAUCAACCUG